UUGCAUCGGCUCCUGCACCGAUUGGCUCUCCUUUGCUCUGCCGCCGCUUCCCCCUCCGGCUCCCUUGCGUUGGAUUUCCUCCAUCCCUGCUGGAAGGGGAGAGGCAGCUGUUGCUGCUCUUCACCAUGGUCUGCCCCGCAGGUGCGUGGAGCUGCAGCGGCGGCGUACAAAGGACCAGCUCGCCUUAGCUUUCCGCAACUACCAAAGUGUUUUCUUGGUGGGACGUGACUGCAUGGAGAAAAGAUGGGAGAAGCAGUUGCCAGAGUAGCCAGAAAAGUGAAUGAAACGGUUGAAAACAAGCAGAUUCGCUUGAUUUGGCAGAUUGCAAACUGAUGAUGUUCCCCAUUGCCCUUUACAAAGUCAUGAGGCACGUCUCGGAAGGAAUCCAUCUCAUCACUCUGGCCAAUAAUGAGCUGAAGUCUGUGACCAGCAAAUUUAUCACCACCUUCAGCCAACUGAGAGAACUUAAUCUGGAAGGGAAUUGUAUCCACCGCCUGCCAGAAGAGGUCCGAACCCUGCUACACCUGAGAGUCAUCAACCUGUCCAGGAACAAAUUUAGUCACUUUCCAGAACAGCUGACCUCUUUGCCAGUUCUUGAAACAAUCAACCUAGAAGAGAAUGAGAUCGCAGAUGUGCCUGUCGAGAAGCUGGCCACCAUGGAGUCUCUGCAGAGUGUGAACCUCAAGUCAAACCCUGUAAAUGACGAGAUCCGAGUGAUCGCCAGGCCUCUGAUCAAGUUUGACCUCCUGACAUCUCCAGCUGCCCCCAGAGUCUGACCCGCGAUGGACUUUUGGGCAUGCAGUCGUAAUGAGGCAUGGCUGUAAAGGGAAAAGAAGGCAGUGUUUGCUGAGCUAGGAUGCUUUCCUAAGGCUGCGCUGCUCCUGCAUGUGUUAGGUUUUGUGGGCUUCCAAAGGAGCAGGAAGCAUGAUGUUCCUGCCAAACCACAGUGGUCCUUGCUGAACCAAAUCUCUGCUAAACUGUGAAUAGACUGAAAGCACAUUGUGCCUGCAAAGAAAAAUGGCUCUCUUUCUCAGCUUUCCUAGGACAUACAACGGUCUCUCCAGUCCUGGACUGACAAAGGUGUGGACAGAAUACCUUAAGGGUGGAGAACGUGUGGCCCUCUAGAUAUUGCUAGACUACAGGUCCCAUUGUCCCUGACCAUUGGAUAAGGUUGAUGGCAAUUGCAGCCCAACCUGUUUUUAAAAACAGUUUCAAAGCGUUUUUUUAUACGUGUCUAGAUUCCACCUUGCUGCCCUGUGCAACGUGAAAGCAGCAGAUUCCAAAAUCUCAUGAGCGCUGUAUUCCUUCUGCAUCCCAUUCUCUCUCUCUCUCUCUCUCUCUCUCUCUCUCUCAUACACACACACCCUCUGCUGAAGGGGUUUCAUGUUGAGCUGUGAGUGGCUGAGUACCCCCUUGGUUAUACCUUAAGCAUGGGGAAAGGCUUGCUAUGUGCUUAUGUGCUUGUCAGUGGAAAACUACCAGAUUCAUCCUUCCUCCACAGAGCAGCCCAUGUUUAUGGAAGCUGCUCGCUUUUUGUUUGUUUGGUUUUGAAAGAGCCCUUUAAAAUGCUGCAAUAUGCUCAGUUUCUGGUUUUGAUUAGUUGGAGCAUAGUGACUUGACCUUAGGUUGCAGCUUGGGAUUCCUUUGUUUUCUUUCUCAGCACUAUAGCCAUGGGAUUUUCUUGGAAAUUACUUUCCUCUGCUGCACACACACGCACACACACACACACACACACACACACACCCCUGCAGGCUAUUGUUCCCCUCUCCUUUUCAGGGUGUGAUUGACAGACUUCCUGCUUUGGCAAAUAAACGGCCUGAUCCUCUGAAAUCCCAUCCAC